AUGGCAGAGAACGAAGACAUAGAGCCGCAUCAUGUCUCGGCAUCCGUGCCCGCCAAGGUGGACAUUUCGACUGUCCAGGAGGCUGCGGCGGCAACUGAUGCUGAGCACAACAUGGGCCUUGUCAAAUCCUUCAAGCUGUAUCGGAAAGCUUGUUUGUGGUCCAUCUUCAUCUCGACUUGCAUCAUCAUGGACGGCUUCGACACGGCCCUUUUGCGGUCGCUCUUUGCGUACCCAGCCUUUCAACGCCAAUUUGGAGACCUGCAGCCCAACGGGUCUUACCAACUCACGGCCGCUUGGCAGUCUGGCCUCACCAACGGAGUGCUCUGCGGCUCAAUCAUAGGUCUCUUCAUGAACGGUAUCCUCGCCGACCGCUUUGGGUAUCGCAAGACAUUAAUCGGUGCGCUGAUUGCAAUCACGGGCUUCAUCUUCAUCAUCUUCUUUGCCAAAUCGCUGCCUCAGCUUCUCGCUGGAGAAAUCCUUGCCGGAAUCCCGUGGGGAAUCUUCCAGACGCUGACAACCACGUACGCCUCGGAGGUCUGCCCGACCCAUCUUCGAGCCUAUCUGACGACGUACAAUAACCUCUGCUGGGUUAUCGGCCAGUUUAUCGCGUCUGGCGUCCUCCGCGCCAUGGUCUCCAGGACGGACGAAUGGGGCUAUAGGAUUCCAUUUGCGCUGCAGUGGAUGUGGCCAGUCCCUUUGAUAAUCGGCAUCUACCUUGCUCCCGAGUCUCCCUGGUGGCUCGUCCGCCGCGGAAAACUAGACGAGGCCAAGCACUCGUUGGCCCGUCUCACUAGCCGCAACGUUGAGGAUGCCGACUUUAGCAUUGACGAGACCAUAUCGCUGAUGAUUCACACCAACGAGAUGGAGAGAGAGUUGACCUCGGGCACGACGUACUGGGACCUCUUCAAGGGCGUCAAUGCUCGCCGCACCGAAAUCGUUUGCAUGGUUUGGAUGGGCCAGACUCUCUCUGGCUCCAACUUUAUGGGAUACUCGACAUAUUUUUACCAACAAGCAGGAUUGGCCGUCAGCAACUCCUUUAGCAUGUCCCUCGGCCAAUAUGGCAUUGGCAUCGUCGGCACUAUCAUGUCUUGGUUCUUGAUGACUUGGUUCGGUAGAAGAACAUUGUUCUUUACCGGCCAAGUGUGCGCGUGCAUCAUCCUCUUCACCAUUGGCUGCGCGUCUUUCGCAGGCUCACACGAUACUGGUGCGCAAUGGGGCAUCGGCUCCUUGCUCCUCAUCUUUACGUUUGUAUACGACUGUUCAGUUGGUCCCAUCUGUUAUUCCCUCGUUGCCGAGCUCACGUCUACCCGUCUGCGAACCAAGUCUGUGGUGUUGGCCCGGAACAUGUACAACGUCGCCAGCAUCAUUGCCAACAUCCUGACACCACGGAUGCUCAACCCCACCGCAUGGGGCUGGGGUGCAAAGACGGGCUUCUUCUGGGCUGGCACCGCGUUAUGCUGUGCCACCUGGACCUUCUUCCGCCUCCCGGAGCCCAAGGGCAGGACAUACGGUGAGUUGGAUACCUUGUUCGAGCAGAGAGUGAGCGCCCGCAAGUUUGCCACCACUGCCGUGGGAAGGAUUGAUGCCGGGUUCGAGUCUGUUUCGAUUAGAAAGGAUGGAGGUUCCACGGCCGAGAUUGAGCAGGUAACGACCAAGUCGUAA